AUGUCUGCAUACAAGUCAACCUUAGUGAAAAGUCUGAUCUCUGCCCUCCUCAUCCUUUCGCUGUGUUCCGCCAUCGUAACUUCGAAACCUGUGUUUGAGCGUGACGUGCUCAAACGUGGUUUAGAUAAACGCUACUUGGGUGAAGUUUGCUAUGCAGACUUCGAAAACGAUGGCGACGUGAAGAAGUGUUCCGGUCGGUUUACUUUUACCCAGAUUACCGAAACGACAGUCCGAGUUCUUGGACAGUUCAACACUGGAUUUCCUGAUGCUGUGUUGAGCAAUUAUGAAUUCCACGUUCACGAUGCUAAAGACAGUCCUCUCAAGGAUAUUACCAAAGAAAUUCGAGCAAAGGUUGCCAUCAACCCUCCCGGUACCUCGGCAUUCCAAUGUGACGUUGAUGGAUUGGAUGUAGACACCAUUGUGGGAUGUUAUUUCAUAGUAAAGAAGAGGGAUAAUGUAGUCAUUGGUAAAGCCAAGAUCCAGAAAGUCUAA